AGUCAUCAAAAACCAAGGAUUCUGGUAUGCCACGGCCUGGUAUGGGACCAGGGAUGCCCCCGCCCCAGAUGGGUAUGGGAACACCGAUGGAUAGGAAAAGACAGAGUGAUUCCAGAGCUGCCCAACAUAUGAAAGCGAAAAAGAAGAAAAAAAUGGCAGACAAAAUAUUGCCCCAAAGGGUGAGGGAUCUGGUACCCGAAUCUCAAGCAUACAUGGAUUUGCUGGCCUUUGAACGGAAACUUGAUGCCACCAUCACAAGAAAACGACUGGAUAUUCAGGAGGCCCUGAAAAGACCAAUGAAGCAAAAGAGAAAGUUACGUAUCUUCAUAUCAAACACAUUCUAUCCGGCUAAACCUGCGGAGGGUGAGGAAGGUGAGGAAUCUGUCCCCUCGUGGGAGCUUAGAGUCGAGGGCAGACUUCUUGAAGAUGCUGCCAGUGCCAAGCUUAGUGAUGCAAAUAAAACAAAGAGAAAAUUUUCAUCGUUCUUUAAGAGCCUUGUUAUUGAAUUAGACAAGGAGCUGUAUGGACCUGACAACCAUCUUGUUGAGUGGCAUCGUACGCAGAACACCCAGGAGACGGAUGGUUUUCAGGUGAAAAGACCGGGCGACCAGAAUGUACGCUGUACCGUUCUUCUGAUGCUGGAUUAUCAGCCGGCACAGUUUAAGCUUGAUCCUCGUUUAGCCCGACUUCUUGGGGUUCACACACAGACAAGACCAGUGAUCAUCAAUGCCCUCUGGCAGUAUAUCAAGACCCACAGGUUGCAGGAUCCCCAUGAGAGGGAAUACAUCAACUGUGACAGAUACCUAGAGCAGAUAUUUGAGUGCAAGCGUAUGAAGUUUGCAGAGAUUCCAGGAAAACUUCACUCUUUGUUGAUGCCACCAGAUCCUAUUGUCAUAAAUCAUGUAAUCACAGUAGAGGGACCGGACUCGAGAAAAACUGCAUGUUACGAUAUAGAUGUUGAAGUGGAUGACACAUUGAAACAACAGAUGAACUCGUUCCUGUUGUCAACACAGAGCCAGAAUGAGAUUGCUAACUUAGAUAGCAAGGUUUGUAUUGGUGGAACUACCAAACGAGGGAUACAUGAAACUGUGGAGACCAUUAAUCAGCUGAAGACAAAUCGUGAAUUCUUCCUGAGUUUUGCCAAGGAUCCACAAGAAUUCAUCAACAACUGGCUUAUCUCACAAACCAGGGACCUCAAGACUAUGACAGAUGUAACGGGUAACCCGGAGGAGGAGAGACAUUCUGAUUACUAUGUGAGACCUUGGUCACAAGAGGCUGUCUGUAGAUACUUCUACGGAAAGGUUCAGCAAAGACGCAUGGAGUUGGAGCAAGCACUCGGAAUACGCAGCAAUACAUAGACAAGUGAUGAUAAGAGAUUGUUGUUAUAAUAUUGUGUUCACUUUCUGUAUGUAAAUAUGUCAUUCAUUUUACCCUGUACUAUUGCAUUAACAGACAUUUGGGAGGACAUUUACAUUUACUGUAUUAUAUAUACAAAUUUAACUCGAUACAGUGUUGGAGCAGUACCUCUAGACUCUUGAGAAAUCGUGAUCACUCACUAAGUAGAAAAAUAUAUGGGUAUUUUUUGCCGAUUCUUGUAUUUUUCAUUCUUUAUUGUAUAUAAAUUGGUGUAAAAAGAUGAAUUCAAUGUUUUAAAGUGCAUUUCUGUUGGUUAAAAGGCAAGAUUUUAGGAUUUAAUCAUUAUUCAGGCGCCUUGUACGGUAUAUACUGGAAUACGGUAUUUAGUGUGGUGCUCCAAACACUUUUUUUAAUCUCACUCAUUAUAAACAUGCACAUUGACUAUCUAUUGUCGCAAAUUUCUGUAAUUUUGUCAUCCAUUUUACCCUAUACUGUAGAAGUGAGCGAUAUUAGUAAGAUAACUUUAUACAUUGACUGUUUUAUCAGUUAUUUUGGAAAAUGUGUCACACAUUUUAUACACCAUUGAAGCUUGAUGGCCUUAGUUAUAACAUGUUCAGUAACUGUACUGUUUAUUCUGUAAAAUUGCUGUUAAUGAUACUGUGUCUUUUUUGUGACCAUCAUUAUUAAAGGGAGACUAUAAAUUGUUGAGAAUUUACUCUCACCAUGCUUCAUAUACUAAAUGCACUUGUCCAUCUUUCAGUCAUCAUUUUUAAUGAAAAAUAUCAAAAUAUGAACUAAAAUCAAACAUUGCAGACAAUUUACCUACUAGUGGUAACUGAUUCUAACACAGUAACCAGUAUUGUCUUAUAUCAGAUCUCUGUACAUGUACAUGCUUUUGAAAUAUUUAUUUCAUGAAUGGUUUUGAUGGACAAAUCUAUUUAAGAUAUAAGGUGUGAGGAUUAAUUAUUGUAGUUUCAUUACAUUGAUAAUGGUUUAUAGAUAUGUAUUACACCAUUGGAGAUACUUUGUUGCAGUUGUAACCUAUGUACAUUUUUGUCAGAAAUGUUCUUGGUUGUACAAUUUUUAAUGAAAUAAACAUUUAUUUUUGAUGACACAAAUUUUCUAAUUCAUUGAACAGUGACAGAUUUGUUGAUAAGCUUCAGUGAAAUUUCCUUUGUAUAUUGAUAUAUAUGACAUUGUAAUAAUCUUGAGAUAUAUUGUAUAAAGCCUCAUUUGCAUAAUUUUCUCCUUUUUUUUUACUUUUUCAGUUUAGUACAAGCUAAUAUUAAUAUUGAUCAAUGUUUUAGUUCAUUUUACUACAGCAUCUGCUAAAACAGAAAAUGAAUAGCCUCUGCCACAAGUAUAGAGAUUCACUUGCAUGCAGUCUACCAGGCUUUAUACCUAAGGCUGUCUUAAGUUGUCAUCUUGAUAAGCUUAAUAUUAAUAUUUGACAGAUCCAAUACGGUAACUGGACAAGUCCCAACUAAAUAUUAAUAUUUGACAGAUCCAAUAUGGAAACUGGACAAGUCUCAACUAAAUAUUAAUAUUUAACAGAUCCAAUAUGGUAACUGGACAAGUCAAACUAAAUAUGAAUAUUUGACAGAUCCAAUAUGGUAAUUGAACCAAGUCCAGCUAAAUAUUAAUAUUUGACAGAUCCAAUAUGGAAACUGGACAAGUCCAGCUAAAUAUUAAUAUUUGACAGAUCCAAUAUGGUAACUGGACAAGUCCAACUAAAUAUUAAUAUUUGACAGAUCCAAUAUGGUAACUGGACAAGUCCAACUAAAUAUUAAUAUUUGACAGAUCCAAUAUGGUAACAGGACCAAGUCCAGCUAAAUAUUAAUAUUUGACAGAUCCAAUAUGGAAACUGGACAAGUCUCAACUAAAUAUUAAUAUUUGACAGAUCCAAUAUGGUAACUGGACAAGUCCAACUAAAUAUUAAUAUUUGACAGAUCCAAUAUGGUAACUGGACAAGUCCAACUAAAUAUUAAUAUUUGACAGAUCCAAUAUGGAAACUGGACAAGUCCAGCUAAAUAUUAAUAUUUGACAGAUCCAAUAUGGUAACUGGACAGGUCCAGCUGAAUAUUAAUAUUUGACAGAUCCAAUAUGGUAACUGGACAAGUCCAACUAAAUAUUAAUAUUUGACAGAUCCAAUAUGGUAACUGGACAAGUCCAGCUAAAUAUUAAUAUUUGACAGAUCCAAUAUGGUAACUGGACAAGUCCAUUUAUGAAAUUGAGCAGGGCAAGGGUUAAAGUUGUUUAUUUUCCAGAUAUAUGUUCACAAUGUUUGAAUGGUAUAUUCUCUGACUGUUUCAGCUUAAGAUUUUAAAUCAGUCAUCUGAUAUUGUUUCACAUUUAUUUUAAACAUGAAAAAUGCAUAGGAUCACUCCCAAAUUCAUAUUUUAAUGAAAAAUUUGGGGAACUAGCCAAAGUCACUUGAUAUAAAUUCACUAAGAAAUGUUAAAUGUAUCAACAUAUUUAGUGUAAAAAGAGGUUUUUCUCUCAAUAAAAAUUAAAAGAAACAGAUUAAAUAAUGACUUGCAAGUUUGCCUCUUAAAGUGAACAACAAAAAUUUUAAACUGAAUUGUUUUUGGUUUAAAUUGAGACUUUUUCCAGAUAAACACUUUUUUUACCUAGGGAUUUGAAGUUUAUUUUUUCAAAGACUGUCUUUUUUGUUUAUGAGGUUUUGUUGUGGUAUUUUUUUCCUGUAAAUUUAUAAGAAAAUCUGAAACUGGAAUGAUAAUCUCAAGGGAACAAAUGAAUUUUUUGAAGUAAAUGAUUUUUGUAUAUGACAUUAUUUUGUAAUAAUUGUAUAUGAAAUAAAUUUUGUCAAGUA